UGUUGGGAAGCUUGCUAACGGUGGACGUUACAUUUCGAUUGACAAAUAUCUCAAUAAGUACUAUUUAGGGCAAACGACGACAUCUUUAAACCGAAAAGUAAACGGCUUAUUUUCAUUAGUAUUCGUUAUUUGGUGCUGUCAGGAAGCUAAUGCUAGUGGCAGCUGGCUCUCGGAGGAACAAUGCAUGCUUUUGUGAUGUUUGCUAACGUUCCUGGGACCUGUUAUGAAGCAUUUUUACACAGCUAUGAUUCGUUCUAUUAUUUAGUCCAGCUGACUGCGACAUGGGUUAACUAUUGGUGCCGAAAGCAAGCUGUCUUAAUAUAAAGUAGUUGCACAGUUAACGGAACAGGCUUUGAGCGGUUUUGCGCAAUUGUAAGUCAACGUAACUCAAGAGAUUGGAUUCCCAACUGGAGAGGUUUUGGACUGCCAUCUCCCCCAAAGAACCAUGCUAUGAUGGUGCUGCGGCGGUUACUGAGGAAGCGCUGGGUGCUAGGGGGGGUCUUCGGCAUGUCUCUGAUCUACUUUUUCACCCGUACACUCAAACAGGAGGAAAGGACAAUACGAGACCGCACUCUCUUGGAAGUUCAAGACUCUGAUCAUCGCAUCCCAUGGAAAGUCCGUUUUAAUCUGGGCAACAGCAGUCGGCAGAUCAUUCAGUGCAGAAACUCCAUCCAGGGCAAGACGCUACUCACUGAUGAACUUGGUUAUGUCUGUGAGAGGAAGGAUCUGCUGGUAAAUGGCUGUUGUAAUGUCAACGGUCCCAGCACCAGGCAGUACAGUUGUAAAAGCUGCCUGGCAAAUGGCUGCUGCAGCAUCUACGAGUACUGCGUGUCUUGCUGUCUUCAACCUGAUAAGCAACCUCUUCUGGAGCACUUCCUGAAUCGUGCAGCUGAAGGUUUCCAGAAUCUCUUCACUGCUGUGGAGGAUCAUUUUGAGCUGUGUCUGGCAAAGUGUCGAACCUCGUCGCAGAGUGUUCAACAUGAGAACACGUACCGAAACCCACAAGCCAAGUACUGCUAUGGAGAGAGUCCUCCGGAGCUGCUACCUGUAUAAGUAAGGAGACACAGGGACACAGCAGUGGGACACUGCAGCUCCCUGACUGUCUCUCCAGGGAACAGAGACUCUGUACAUGAACUUCGACCUUGGAUAAGUUUGCGCAAUUGAAGCAAAUAAUGGACAUUUCAUUAUCCAAUACUUACUUAAAAAAAACAUGGACAAGUACUGUUUACCAUUUCUUUAUUUACACUUCAUAAGUGCAUGGUGUGCUUCAUACAUUCAUCCGUGAUGAUCAUCAGGUCUAAGUCCCAGGCAGCUCAUCCAUCCAGUUAGGCUUCAUGUCAUUAAACAGGCUUCAUUUUAUUGUUCAGACUGUUCAGUGUUUUGUUGUUGAAUUCUGCACUUGUUGUUGAAUGUCAUUUUGCCUUUGUAUAGUGCAUGCAUCAAAGACAAAUAUUUAAUAAAGAUAACUGUGAAACAUA